CGUCGUCGUCGUCGUCGUCGUCGUCGUCGUCUUCUCCUCCUCGUCCCUGCAGUCGCCUCCGCCCCGCGUGUGGAGGGCGCGGAGGAAGAGCGCGCCGCCCGCGGCCCGCGGCCCGGGCGAUGCCGCGCGGGGAGUCGCGCAUCUGGACGCGGAGCGUGGAGCUUGACGCGGAGCGCGGGCUGAGCGUGUCGCUGGUGGAGGACCCCACGCUGGACCUGGACGGCGAGGCGUGGUGCUCCUGGUGCCUCUGGCCCGCGGCCAGGGCUCUGGUGGGGUACCUCGCCACGCUCGCCGACGCCGAGCUCGCGGGGCUCAGCGUGCUGGAGCUCGGCUCCGGCUGCGGGGCGGUCGGCAUCUACCUGCAGAAGCGGGGCGCGGGCCCGGUGGUGCUGACGGACGUGCACCGCGCGCUGCCGCUGCUGAAGCGCAACGUGGGGGCCAACCGGGCCAGCUGCGAGGUCUGCGCCUUGCUCUGGGGCACGCCGCCGGAGACCGGAGGGGACGCCCGCUGCUGCUGCACCUGACGCCGAUCCUGGCCAGGCCGAUCCUGAGCCCAGGAUCGGCGUAUUGUCCAGGCCUCCCAGAUGGGGUCGGCGUAGAUGG